AUGUUCUCGCAAUGCAGGAAAACGCUGAACGACAUCGCAACAGAAUGUAAGAAUUUAUUACAAGACAUAAAUUCUGAUUUUAAAUGUUCUCAAAAAUGUCAACUUCUUCUUAAAAACUUCAUUUCAGAACUUAGUUUUGGUAAAGAUUUAUCCACUUGUAAUUGUGUUCAAGAUGCAAACUGUUUAAUUUAUAAAAGACGAUUUCAAAUUUGUCUUGAUAACAAAACUGACACAGCUGAAAACGGAUGUCAGAAAUAUCAUAAACAAUGUGAUAAUAGCGAAACUUGCAAGAUGUUAUAUACGCGAUGGUUUGAUUCGUGUACUGAUCUUUUUAACGAAUACGAAUAUACAGCAGAAUGCAAAGUAGCCGAAAAAAAUUUAUUUGCAAACGAUAUUGGAGGACUCAUUAAGUCAUGCGAUUGCGACGGAGAUACUGAACAAGAAAAGUUUUGUUUAGAAGUGAGGAGAGAUAUUGAGAAAUUUUGUGGUAUUAAAUUGUUAUACAAGUGA